CCGCGUGACGUCGCUCGUCGCUCACACCUGCUUGGAUGGGUAUUUUACUCUCGCUGUCCGAGCAGCGAGCAGCAGCCAGUCUCUGGCUCCCGUCCCCACUGUGGGAAGAUCGGGGCUCUGGAGCCAGGGAUUAUCAAACUGAACACCAUGAUCUUCCUACAGACACCUUAGAUCUAUGUCACCUCAGUCUUAAAACACCUGCAAAAAAGUGCACAGUACUUUUCCAUUAAUAAAGCAAAUUCCUACUUUGAGAACCAACAAAAUGGCUUUAUUCCCAGUAGUGUUGUUUCUGGCCAUUCUGCUGCUUCCAUCUGUACCCACAGAAGGAAAGGACCCAUCCUUUACUGCUUUGCUAACCACUCAAACGCAAAUCCAAAAAGAUAUUGUAAAUAAACACAAUGAACUAAGGAAAUCAGUCUCUCCACCUGCCAGCAACAUGCUAAAGAUGGAAUGGAACAGAGAAGCAGCAGCAAAUGCACAAAAGUGGGCAAACAAGUGCACUUUGGAACACAGUGUGCCAGAGGACCGAAAAACUAGUACAAAAUGUGGUGAGAAUCUCUAUAUGUCAAGUAACCCUGCUCCAUGGUCAGAUGCAAUCCAAAGCUGGUAUGAUGAGCGCCAUAAUUUUGUCUAUGGUGUAGGACCUAAGAGUUCCAAUGCAGUUGUUGGACAUUACACCCAGCUCGUUUGGUACUCUACUUACCAUGUUGGAUGUGGAAUUGCCUAUUGUCCCAAUCAAGAGAAUCUAAAAUACUACUAUGUUUGCCAAUAUUGUCCUGCUGGCAAUAACGUGAGUAAAAAGAAUACCCCUUACCAACAAGGGACACCUUGUGCCAGUUGCCCUGGUAACUGUGACAAUGGACUAUGCACCAACAGUUGCGAGUUUGAAGAUCUCCUUAGUAACUGUGAUUCCUUGAAGAAAACAGCUGGUUGUGGACACGAAUUGCUUAAGGAAAAGUGCAAGGCAACUUGCCUAUGUGAAAACAAAAUUUACUGAGAUGCCCAUUGUGCAUUGCACAGGACUAAGUGAAGAGAGCUGCAACAUUUUAUUGAAACAUACCACAGGGGAAAUUGUAGGCAUGUUAGUUACAAAUAUGGUUCCACUCAGUAAUUCAUCUUUUUUCCUCUCUAUAGAAAUCUCUUUUCAUGCAGAUAUUUACACAAGCAGCAUAGUCUAUGAGGACAACUUUGGACUUUGAUCGAAAUUUGGUACUUUAAACUUAA